AGAUGGACAUAGGGGAGACCAGGGUUGGGGGAACACUGGAGGGAGGGAGCAGGAUUUGAGUUCACGGACUGUGUUGUCCCUGUCCUCCCCACCUCCUCCAGGUACAUGGUGCGGGUCCGAGCCGUGGUGAUGGCCCGAGAUGACUCCAGUGGGGGCUGGCUGCCUGUGGGGGGCGGGGGCCUCAGCCAGGUGAGCGUAUGUCGGGUCCGAGGGGCCAGGCCCGAGGGGGGGGCCCGCCAGGGGCACUACGUCAUCCACGGGGAGCGCCUCCGGGACCAGAAAACCACCUUGGAGUGUACCCUGAGGCCAGGCUUGGUUUACAACAAAGUGAACCCCAUCUUCCACCACUGGAGCCUGGGUGAUUGCAAGUUUGGGCUGACUUUUCAGAGUCCUGUAGAGGCUGAUGAGUUCCAGAAGAGUCUGCUGGCUGCACUGGCGGCACUUGGCCGAGGCUCACUCACUCCCUCCUCUUCCUCCUCCUCCUCCCCUUCCCAAGACACCGCAGAGACCCCCUGCCCUCUGACGUCCCACGCAGACAGCGACUCCUCCUCCAGUCACAGCCGCCAGGAGACACCUCCCACCGCCGCAGCGGGCCCCAUCGUGACAGUGGAGUCAGCCUCUGCCUUCGGGCCGGCCACGCCCCCCCAGCGCCGCCGCUCCUCGGCUCAGAGCUAUCCUCCGCUUCUACCGGUCACGGGAAUUCCGGAGCCCUCAGAACCCGUGCCCGGGGUAGGUGGCCCGGGCUGGGGCGGCCGCGGCUACGAGGAUUACCGGCGCUCCGGGCCGCCCGCACCCCUCGCCCUGUCCACCUGCGUCGUACGCUUCGCCAAGACUGGCACGUUGAGGGGCGCAGCUCAGGGUCCCCCAGUGUCACUACCUGCCCCUCUCACCGAGGCUGCGCCUCCAGCGCCCCCGGCUCGCCCACCCCCGGGUCCCGGACCUAGCCCCGCGCCGGCCAAGGCCUCCCCGGAGGCUGAGGAGGCAGCGCGCUGCGUGCACUGCCGAGCGCUUUUCCGUCGCCGUGCGGACGGGCGUGGUGGCCGCUGCGCGGAGGCCCCGGACCCGGGUCGCUUGCUGGUGCGCCGUCUCAGCUGCCUGUGGUGCGCCGAGAGCUUGCUCUACCACUGCCUGUCGGACGCCGAGGGCGACUUCUCGGACCCAUGCGCCUGCGAGCCGGGCCAUCCGCGCCCCGCCGCGCGCUGGGCCGCGCUGGCCGCGCUGUCCCUGGCCGUGCCCUGCCUCUGCUGCUACGCGCCCCUGCGCGCCUGCCACUGGGUCGCAGCGCGAUGUGGCUGUGCUGGCUGCGGGGGUCGCCACGAGGAGGCCGCGCGGUGAGGACGGCCUGGCGGGUCCCGAAGCCGGACCGAGGACCCAAAAUUGAAGGUCCAAGACCCCGGACUCUAUUUGAAUCUAAAACCCAA